AUGGUGGGCGAAUUUGAAGACAGUUCUCCGCGGGGAAGAAUCAACCCUAACGUACCGCCUCUGAGGAGUGACCAACAGCAAGAAGACGCGAUGCUGCGUCUAGUGGUACCCUCAACGAUGAUUCAAGAGGUACUGCAGAACUGCCACGACUCGUUAGAAGGAGGCCAUCAAGGGAUCGCUCGGACUUUCUACAGAGUGAAGUUGGAUUAUUACUGGAUCGGUCUAUACGCGAACGUAGCAAGGCACGUGCGGUCCUGUCCCGACUGUAGCUCAAGCAAUAGUCGACCAACGAUCCGCGGAUACUCCCCGGGGAACAUACUAGCGGAACGACCGUUUCAGGUUGUUUCGAUGGAUUUUGUGAUACCCUUACCGAAGUCUGCGGGGAAACACUGCGCUCCUGCUAUUCCAAUGCGCAUUCACGGGGUAUGUGAUGGGCAAAGCUAUGACAGAUACGACAGCUCUGAGAGUAGCCCAAGCAUUUGGAGAAUGUCUAGAGCGACGUUGAGUUACCGACCUCAAUGCGACGGUCAACAAGAGCGCUCGGUCAAAACUGUCAUGCAAUCAGUGCGUGUGUACGCGGAAGACCCACUUCAACAAGACUAG